GCGCCCCGCCCCCUCGAGCUGCCAUACGCCGAGCGCUCAACAUCCGAGGACUUUGGCCCAGAGUAACCCCGCUCGCGUGACCUUUCCCCUCCAUUCCGCACCUCCGGCUGUGGCCCGGCGAGGAGGUGGCGGCGGGGCUCUCGAGCCACUACUUCCCGAGCGCAGGCUCUCCCCCGCCUGGGCCCUCCGCGCUGCUCUUCGUCAUGGCGGCCCUCAGCAAGUCCAUCCCUCAUAACUGCUAUGAGAUCGGCCACACUUGGCACCCUUCCUGCCGGGUCUCCUUCCUGCAGAUCACCGGGGGCGCCCUGGAGGAGUCUCUGAAGAUCUAUGCCCCCCUGUACUUGAUUGCAGCAAUUCUCCGGAAACGAAAAUUAGACUAUUAUCUACACAAACUACUCCCUGAGAUCCUACAAUCUGCUUCAUUUCUGACUGCUAAUGGGGCCUUGUAUAUGGCUUUCUUUUGCAUUUUAAGGAAGAUACUUGGAAAAUUCUACUCAUGGACUCCUGGCUUUGGUGCCGCUUUGCCAGCAUCUUAUGUGGCCAUUCUGAUUGAAAGAAAAAGCAGGAGAGGUCUGCUCACAAUUUAUAUGGCCAACUUGGCCACAGAAACACUAUUCAGAAUGGGUGUAGCAAGAGGAGCUAUCACAACGUUAAGAAAUGGAGAAGUUCUAUUGUUCUGCAUCACAGCUGCCAUGUACAUGUUUUUUUUCAGGUGCAAAGAUGGUUUGAAAGGAUUUACGUUUUCUGCACUUAGGUUCAUUGUAGGGAAGGAAGAAAUUCCCACACAUUCUUAUUUACCAGAGACAGCAUAUGCAAAAGUGGAACAAAAGAGAGAGAGGCAUGAGGAAAAACCAAGAAGAAUGAACAUGAUUGCUGUAGUCAGGAAACUUGUGGAUUCUAUAUGCAAGCAUGGACCAAGACAUAGAUGUUGUAAACACUAUGAAGAUAAUUGCAUAUCUUAUUGCAUUAAAGGUUUCAUCAGAAUGUUUAGUGUGGGAUACUUGAUCCAGUGCUGCCUUCGAAUUCCCUCUGCAUUUAGGCAUCUGUUUACACAGCCAUCCCGGCUAGUUUCUCUCUUCUACAAUAAAGAAAACUUCCAGCUUGGAGCUUUUCUUGGCUCUUUUGUUAGUAUAUACAAGGGUACUAGUUGCUUCCUGCGCUGGGUCAGAAACCUAGAUGAUGAACUACAUGCUAUUAUAGCUGGAUUUUUGGCGGGUAUAUCAAUGAUGUUUUAUAAAAGCACAACUAUUUCCAUGUAUUUAGCAUCCAAAUUGGUGGAGACAAUGUAUUUCAAAGGCAUUGAAGCAGGGAAAGUUCCCUAUUUUCCUCAUGCAGAUACUAUCAUCUAUUCCAUCUCUACAGCAAUUUGCUUCCAGGCAGCUGUCAUGGAAGUUCAGACCUUGCGACCAUCUUACUGGAAGUUCCUUUUAAGGCUCACCAAGGGCAAAUUUGCUGUCAUGAACCGAAAAGUCCUUGAUGUUUUUGGGACUGGUGCAUCUAAACACUUUCAGGAUUUUAUUCCCAAGUUGGAUCCAAGAUACACAAUUGUAGCACCAGAGUUACCCACAGAGUUUUGUUGAAGAUGACUGUAAUUUAUUAAUGUGGCUAAAUGUUUCAUCAUUUAUCCUGAAGAGUUAAUUAUGUUGAACACAAUGAAGAGGGCCCGAGCUCGAACUUCAGUGUUAUUUCAAUGAGAGAUAUUCUUUUUUUUGUUGUUUUUCUUACCAAUCAGAAACACAGAGGCUUUUUAGGAAGAUGUUGCUUAAUAAUUAAGCUUCCUUCAUAGCCAGAAUCAGAUUCUGGAUCACUGUAGUGAUUGACAUUAUGAUAUAUUAUCGGUUAAAUUAUGUCCACAGGCAAUAUUAAAUAAUCUGUGUGGAAAUGUAAUAACAAAUAGGAGUACACUUAAAAUUACUUUAAAAGAUGUCUUUAGUUCAUUCCAAUAUAAUUCUUGGUUAAAACUAGGAUUAUAUCUACAUUUUAGGAUUUACAAAGGAUCACGGGUACAUGGAUUUGGUCUGUACUUUUUUUUAACUUUUGAAUUGGUAUCUGUAGUAGUAGAAUGCUGUUGAUUUACAGUAACUCUUCACAAACAAUGCUGCUUUAGUAUAGAGCAAUUUAAUUAGAGAAAGUGGCCAUUUUUACUUCAGGGAUGCAAAGAUGAGUCUCAUGCCAUUUGGAUAAAUGUUGUAGUAUCCAUGCUCUUAUUUUCAACUGGUAACAUCACCUCUCUCCAUCAUAAGUUGGGCUGUUUGGCAGCCUGGUGGACCUAAUGGCAGGUUAAGAGCAAAUGGAAAUGGACACAUCUGAUAGAAUUGAAAUGUAUGUUUUAAUCUUUUACAGAAGCAUUACACUUGAAUAUUUAAAAACAUAUAUUUAAAAACAAAACUUUUAAUCCUUCUCUAGGUUUAUUAUGUUUGUUUUCAUUUAUAUGGAUGUUAUUCUUCAUAACUCGGUUUAUAUGCCAUUGUUGCUUUAGAAGGGAUCAAAGUCCAGUGAACAAAGUCAUUUCAGCAAGUUUGGCAGCUUGUGCCCUCUUAGCUGUUUAAUAGAUGUAAUGGACGUUUUACAACUGAAAUAAUAUGAAAAUCCAGUGGUUGUUUAAAAAGUCUAUUUCAUCACUAAUUUGAUUCAGGUUUUCCAACCUUCUUUUAAAAAAUUGUCAUCAUUUUUACUGUUAGAAUAAAGAAGUGAUAAAAUACAGUCACUGCUGAUUAUGAAAGUAGUUCAGGACAGCUGUAUUGAAAUAUGAUCACUAGAGUUUUUCAGGGAAAUGUUAACUUUUCUAAGUUAAUAAAAGGCUAAAGUGGUUGUGAUGUCUACAGUUAAUGUAACAUAUAGGGAUAGUGAUAUUUUUAAAAUAUAAUUUUGUUGCUGAAAAUUUUUUAGGCUGUUGUAAAUUAUGCAGUAGAACUUCCAUUGCAAAAGGAAUUAUAACCCAGACUUUAAAAAUACUUAAUCCCUCAUAUUCGGUUUCAUCAGGCCUUGUAUACUUCUGUUUAUAUGUAAUCCUAUCCUUGGUUGUUAUGACAAAGUGAAACCCAACAAAAAGACAGACUCUUUGGUACCAUAGAAACAGAGAGAGCCACUUUAAUUUGAUCAAAAUUUUGCAUUGUGAUUAACUUUUUCAAAUUGACCUGUUCAUUUGGCAAUGCUGUUAAAGGAUCAUUUUGGUUUCAGACUUCAAAAGUGAUUAAUAAAUUUAAUUUUAACUUCGUAUCCACUGGAAUCAAAAUGAUGAUUGGUACUGUGUUUACUUUUUAAAAAUGAAGUCAAAUUAAAGCACUGAGAAAGCACUGCUACCUGCACCUCAUUUUCUCUAUUCAGAACUUGUUUAUUUAUUUUCCUGUCAGAUUAAAAGAAGGUUAAAUUCAUAAAUUAUUUUUAUUGACAUUAAAAGACUGAUAUUGAAAGGCAAACUAUGAAAUUUGCUGACAUCAUUUUGUGAAAUUUUACUGAUCAAAAUGUGCAUUUCUGCAAUUUAGUUUUUUUAUAAAUUUCAGUUAUUUCAAAAAUUUUAUAUAAAAUGUAAAAUGAAAUAGCUGUCAUGAAGCAGAAUACAAUAAUGAAUGUAUAGCUUGAAUGAAUAGUAACUAAUUUGCAGUGGCAAAUGGUGAAGUCCAGUUUGAUUAAAUUGAGACAGACUGUGAAGAGUAGUUGCUUGAGCAAACACAGACACUUUGUUGUUUUCCUGAAGACAAUCAAAAUGAUUAUCUUUCUACCUCUAAUCAGGUAUUGAUUGACGAUUUUUUGGUAUUGUAAAUAAAGUUAAAUAGAUCUCUCCAUUCCAAAA